ACGCCCGCGGGUGCGUUGCAGUUGUUGCUGCUGCAUAGUCCGCGUUGGUCCGCGCCCGUGUACCAUUCGUCUACACGUCGUAUCGGCGCAGUUCGUGCAUUAUCGCGUCAGGUCAGGUAUCGUCGAGAGCGGAAGCCCACGACGCAGCAACGUCGCGUACCGUCGCGAUCGUCGAUCGUCUGCUCGAGCGCGCGCAGGCGACUUCCGCUCUCGAGAGAGGCGUCGCUUCGGAGCCUCCUCGCGUUCGCGCGCGCAUUCCAGCCACCAGACCGUACGUAUCGCGGCGAUUAUGUGUUUUGGAUACGCGCCGCGCAUUCCGACGGGAAUGGUAGCGCGCGAGUCCCGCGAGCCGUCGCGCGACGGCCGUCGUAUCCCGGUGAGAUAAAUCCCGCCGCUAACAACGACGCCGCCGCCGCCACCUCCGUGAGGAAAUCCGUCGUGUCUGCGAUCGUGACGGUACGGUCUCCGGCGGUCCCACCACCGCGGCAUCGUACGGAAACGCGAGUGCGCCCUGUGCGCCGCUCCACAGGACCGUCUAUUCCGUAGUACUGUACCAAUCCCUCAACCCCCCUUCCCUUUCUCCGCGAGCUCGCGACCACUGGGACGCUCGGCGAGCUAUGCGAUCCCCCGCGUCUGCCGGGACCAUCGCCACGGGUGUCGUUCACCGCUGACGUGCAUCCCGAUGCUUUGAGAUACGGACACACGUACGCUCAUACAUAUACAUAUAUACACGUACAGUGUACAUACAUCAUACAUAUAUAUAUAUAUAUACAUAUAUAUAUAUAUGCACACACACGGCCGGGCGGCGGAAGUGUUUUGCUCGAUCUUCGUCGCGCGCGCACGGGGCCUUUAGGUCGCCGCUCUCUCCCGCCGCCGCCGGGUACGGCCCAUCACCACCGAAGAAGGUGACCAGCGCUCGGCCCUUGGCCGCAACUCUUUGCCAACCCGAACAUUUGGACGCCGAGCCUUCGUCGUGCCCGCCCGUGUCCCGCCCUGGACACGCCGAUUCGCCCGAUUCGCCCGCCACACGACGGGUUAUGUUUCCUACCUUCAUCGGGAUCCUAGACAUUCAAUCGUGGUGGGAGGUGCCAAGUAUAGCACACUUUUGCUCAUUAUUUAGAGCUGCCUUCAAUCUUCUGGAUUUUGAUAUUGAGGAUUUGGAAGAAGCUUUAUUGACGGAUGGAGGUACCGAGGGCCGACUACUUCAGGAAUUGAUAGUAAGAUUACUCGAGGGUUGCUUGCCAAACGACACUCGCAAUGACAUCUCCACCUUUAAUUAUCAGAUGUUCUUGCGUAGACUUUUUCGGAAAAAAUGUCAAGAAUACAAAUGUGAAAAUCCUUUCAAUACAGACGUAGACUUUGAAUUGUUACCGCUUCGUCAAAAGGUAGAAAUACUACGUGCGCUCUGUGACUUCAGGCUUGACGCCGAAGACGUAGAGGAGUCGUUAAGCAACUUGGACUCGGAUAGUCUGCGAGUCGAACCUUUGGGACAUGAUCGUAAGAAUUCUGCCUACUGGUACUUCUACGGCACUCGACUGUACCGGGAGGAUUACAUUGAUACUUCAAACAGUGCCUCACAUAAGCAGAAAGGUAAGCCAAGAGAUAAAAAGCGUAAAAAACGACGGAACAGAGUGGCGAAGGAGGAACAGGAAGAAGAAGAGAAGGAGGAAGCUGGUUUAAUAAACGGAAACAACAGACGACAGAGCGUUUGGCAAGUUGUUUGUUUCACUCAACAAGAUUGGAGCAGACUGGUCGAAAAAUUUCGCGAUUCGGAAUACGACACCGAACGCAAGCUUUAUCGCACGUUGUCCGAGGACUUUAUGCCUGAAAUACCGAAAUUGUUCGAUCUGAAAGAGAAACAGCAACGACGUAAGCUGUUACAACGUAAUAGCUCGCGAGUGCUUCGUAGCCAGGAACCGACUACACAGAUGGAUGCAGUCAUGGUCAAAUCCAAGAUCAGGACUAAAACAACCAAAGGGGCUAAAAAAGGGACUCAAGCUUCAAAAUCUUAUAUUAAAGAGGUCGUUACUCCACCGCCAUUACUGACUCCACCGGUCCAGAAGAAGGGUCGACAAACGAAUAACUCUUUGGCCUCGGCUGUUGGCCAGAUUGUAAUUCACACUAGGGACGAGGUAGAGGACUUGGAGAAGAAGAAGGGUAUCGGCAGUCAUGGCGAUGGUAAUUACGUACCUCAUAAUUACGGCUAUAAGUAUGGCUAUUCGUUUGGUAUCGAAGAGGAAGAGCGUUGUGUUGGCAUGCACAAGGUUCUCGAAAGUGUUAAAGAUCACGUGGACGCCUGGCCAUUUAUCGAGCCCGUGGAUGAGGACUAUGCGCCAAGGUACUAUAGUGUGGUACGCAGGCCAAUGGACCUCAAGACUAUGGAAGAGAAAUUGGAAAAUGGCUCAUAUAAGAGUUUAAGUCAGUUUAAACGCGAUUUUCGGCUUAUCGUUGACAAUUGUAGGCAGUACAAUGGCUCCGAUAACGAAUAUACGGAUAUGGCGAUUAAUCUUAAGGAGGCCUUUGACAAAGCUGUAAAACGUUAUUUAGAAUCUGAAACAUCCAGUGACGAAGACGCUGCGUCUCGAUCACUGAACGGAUCACCUACAUCUUUAUCGCAUCCCUCACGUAAUUUAUCUUCUUCGCAUCAUAAUGCACGUAAACGUUCGAAAAAAUCAACAAAAAAGUCCAAAUUGUAUAAAUCUGAGAGUACAACAAAGUCUAAGAGUAACGAAAAAGUGGACGAAGAUGAAAAGAGGAAUAAAAGUAUUAAAGUUGCGAAGAAGAAAAGGGGAAAGAAAAAAAGUAAAAAGAUGAAAGAGGAAGAAUCGGAGGAGGACGAAGAGGAACAGGAAGAUCAGGAAAGCGAAGAUGCAAUAUCUGAGACUAGUAUCGUAACGUCAAAGAGAAGAAAAAACAUUGAUGUAAAUAAUUUACUUAAAACCAAAAAACUACCUAAAGAAUCGGAAGAAUUAAAGACGUCUAAAAAGGCGAGUAAAGAGCGACAUCAAUCGAAAAAAGACUCGGAAAUUGUACGAUCUACCAAAGAAGUGAAAGAAAAUAAAAAACGGAAGGAGGAUUUCGAAGAAGAUUACGAGCCUCCGAUAAUUGCAAAAAGUAAAAGUAGGAAAAUAGAGAAGAAAGAACUUGAGGAAACUACGAUAUUGACAGACAACACGAAGAAAAGUAAAUUGAAAAAGAUCGAAGUAGAAGAAAGUGACACAGUAUUCGAACAAGACAAAAAACAAUCUUCCCAUAUCAAAACAAAAAAAAAUCGUAAGAAAGAAAAAUCGAAUUUAAAGACCAAAUCCGCUGAAAAAUCCAACAAAAAUCAUAUAAAACAAAAAAAUAAGAAAUCAAAACAAAAAAAGCAGGAAUUAAAAAAUGGAGAGUUAAAAAGUCAAACCGAUCCCAAAGAUAUAGAAUUAGACAAUACUUUAGAUUCCAAACAUGCUCAUAACUCCAAGAAACUUUCCACGUUAAUUGGUAAUAAAGAUGUUGACUCGCUUGAUAGUUUAAAAGACAAGAUAAGCGAUAGAAGACGAGAGGAAAAAUUGAAAAACGAAAAAGAAAAACGGAGGAAAGCGAUGAAAAAUGACAUUCAUGGUGUCCAUUCAAAAAAAGUGCCUUCAAACAGUAGUACUUUUCACGACAAUGACAAAGAUAGUGCAAAACGAUCAAAGUCGAGGAAAAGUACGAAGGAAGAUAAGAUCGCGGACGAUGCGAUUAAGAAAAAUGAUCCGGAAGUUAGUGAAAAUAAGAAAAACACUCAUGCUAAACAUACCAAAGGAUUAAAAGCAGAAGAGAAUGCUGCGAUUCAAGCAUUAAAUCAAGCGACGGAGAAAACACUUCAUGACAUUAACAAGUGGCUUGAUGACACACCCAAAUUCUCGGAAUUCUCCUCUGGCAGUGAUUCACCAGUUCUUCAGACUUCUUCCGUCGAGUCUAGUCGAUCAGGAUCCAAGAUCGAGGCUACGCGAAAGAGACCGAGCUCCAUGAAAAUAUUUGGUCCUCACGGACCAAGUCGACCGAAGAAAAUACAGCGCACAAUCGAUCGCUUACAACCCGGUAAAAGCAAAGGAAAUUUACUUCUGAAGAAACCGCUUAAUGUGUCCAGCGCUAACACCAAUGACACUACAAUCAAUUUAAAUAGUGAUAACGAUCAAUCGAAUAAGGAUAAUGACGAAGAACCGAAGCUUAGUUUAGGUACUGUGCUGAAAAACGUGGAUUCUAUCCAAUUAAUUUGUAAAAGUUUGGUAUCGUCACCAAAUCCUAAUUUGUCGAACGACGACGACGAAGAAGAUCACUCUCUUAUCGCGACUCAAGCGUCUAACGUGAAAGAGGAGAAAACAAAUGCUAAGGAAGCUACGAAGACAUUGAACACAGUAGAGGAGAAAGAAGCUGCUCGAACGGGUACGGAAGAAACGCAGAAACCAAAAUCUGCCACACCAAAUUUGAGUGCCUGGUUCAAAGCCUUUGGAGCACCAAAAUCAAAAAAGAAAGAUGAGGAAGCGGAGGAGGCUACGAUGCUAAAAAAAGAUGGAGAUUCGCAGGAGGCGUUUUGCGGCAGACAGAGACGGUUGAGCACAGGUGGUAGCAGUGUCAGUGAAUCGGUGUCGAGUUUCUCUCAAGAAUCGCCACCGGCACCUCGCGCGCCGCAUUCCCCGCAAUGCCAGCCUGUGAUAACUCCGACCGAGCCGAUAAGAGGUGCUGGAUUUUAUCAGGACGCAUUGUCGACCGGCAGCAGCCCCUACAACAGUCCCUAUUAUGCGACUCCACCGAGAUACAGCGCACAAUUGCCACCUACUCCAUCGCCGCAACACCAUCCAUUGUCACCGGCCUAUACGUCAUCUUACGAGCAACCACCACCGGUCUAUCCUCAUGUACAUGCGCAGCCACCAUAUCAAUCGCCGUAUCAGAAAUCCUCGCCACAAGAUAGCACCAACGAAGCAUAUCCACAAAUGUCUCCGCAACGUUUUUCACAACAGUUACCUGCCAACAGUCAGAAUCAAUCACCAGUUUAUCCCCAACAUUCUCCGCAAGCAAUGCAGCCGGUUUAUCCUCAACCAUCGCCUCAAACACCACCGUCGAAUUACUCGCAACCGUCGCCGCAACAACCGUCUACUCCAAAUUACUCGCAGCCGUCUCCGCAACAAAAUGCGGUCGCCAAUUAUUCUCAAUCUUCGCCCCAGGCGAUCGCUAACUAUCCGCAAGCUUCUCCACAGCAGCAGCACUCUCCCUACUCACAAACGUCCCCUCAAACGCCGCCGAAUUAUUCGCAAACAUCUCCGCAACAGCAGCACUCUCCGUACGCGCAGUCCUCGCCUCAGCAACCUUCAGCUGGGUACAGUCGUCUGUCUCCGCAACCACCGCCAGCUAACUAUUCUCAACCUUCGCCUCAACCACCCAAUGCAUAUCCGCAGCCGUCGCCUCAGCCGCCAGGUUUCUCCUCGCAGUCGUCACCACAAACGCGUCCCGCCAACUAUUUGCAGUCGUCACCGCAACCUCCGAGCCCAUAUCCCACUCCGCAACACGAUCGAAGUUACUCACAAUCAUCACACCAGCAAAUUCAGACUUUUCCUCAACAUUCGCCGCAAGCUUCGUCUCCAUUCUCGAACGAGCCGUCACCGCAGAAUAGUCCGUAUUCCCAAUCAUCGCCGCAAUCGCUGACCAAUUACCCACAGUCAUCUCCUCAACAGCCGGCAACGUAUUCGCAUCCAUUACACUCGCCGCAGACGCCGCCGAAUUACUCGCAGCUUUCGCCGCAACAGACAGGGACCGGAACGGCGGCAACGACGGCAACAGCACCAACAGCAGCAGCAGCAGCAGUAGCAGUAGCAGCGGUGAAUUACUCGCAACCGUCGCCUCAACAAUCUCGCAAUAAUUACCCGCAAACUUCGCCUCAGCAAAAGCCUACGUGCAAUCCCGCACAACCAUCACAACAAUCACCCGGUUACUCACAGUCCUCUCCGCAACAGACCACCAAUUACUCUCAACUUCAAUCAUCGAAAAACUCAGAGGAAUACGUCAGUCAAGCUACAUCGGCACCGCCUGCGAGUUAUCCCCAGGAUUUCAAGCAAAAUCCCUCACAGUACAUUCAGCAGUCACCUACGAUAUCUUCGUCCGUGAAUGAAGCCGAGCACCGGACAGAAUAUUUAAAGCAAUCUAACGCUACCGAGAAAUCACCCGUGACGGGCGAUCAGCAGAGGAGUUUUCCCGUUCAAUCGGAAUCGUUGAAUCUGAACACGAAUCAUCAGAUUUAUCAAUCGCCGAGUCAAUAUCCGCCGAGUCAGUAUCCGAACAGUUUCUCCAACAUCGAGCUUCAGAGGUCCGCUUCGAGACACGGUGGUCAACAACAGACGCAACAGCAGCAACAACAACAGCAGCAGCAAUCGACAUCGCAAGAGUCGCGGACCAGUUUUACUGAGAUUCAGUCGCGCGGCUUUCUCGGCAAGACACCGUCCGGCAGCGGUGAUCAAUUACCCGCGUCUGCACCGGAUCAGACACAAUUGCUGGCAUUCCAGCAAAACUUGACGACAGCCCACGAGUCGCUCUAUCCGGGCGGCUUUCAACCAUCUAGUUACUCGUUACCGCCACCGUCGAACUCGAGGCCGGUGUAUCCUAGUCCGCAUUAUUUCGACGCCUCCAAGUCUACCGGUAGCGGCGGUGGCGGCGGCAGUGCAGGCGUGACCGCUAGUCCAUCCAACAAUCCUCCCCCGAUGAAGAAGCGCGCGUACGAGCCUUCCAGUGAAUCCAGCGCUCGCGGUCUGCCGCAGGAGAGCGCUGCGACGCGUCCGAGUCAGGAGCAAUUUUCGAAUUUCGAGCCGAUGAUGGCUCUCUCACAACCGCCGGAGGCUGUGUCGGUCAGUCAGUACGAUAGCACGCCGUUCGUCGGUGGCCUAGCUGAUUCUAUGGCGACUAAUUCGGCGUACGCACGGUUGAGCCUCGGUCUAGUGGGUCGGCCGUCGGGGAAGGAGCAACAACAGCUACUGACGAUCCCACGACCACCACCCGGAACGAAGCCGGAGCACCUUGCCGCCUACGGUCGCGGUGUCCCGCCCAGUCCCGCCGAGCUCGAGCAGCUCAAUCUGCUGCAGAGCUUGCAGAACGCCAAGAGCAGCCAGAGUAUUCUUGCAAUGUCGCGGCGAGCCGGCGAGAGCGACGUGCGGGCAACGACCACUACAACGUCCAAGACGAAGAGGAGCCGGAAGAGCAAGCAUCCGCAACAGCAACAGGAACAAGCGAGCACAGCCGUCACGGCGACGGCCGCGACGACGACCACCGUCGUCGCAGCGGCCGCCGAUCAGCAACAGACAGCAGGAAUGCCUGCUUUCCCGCAGUACGCGGUCGCGUCCGCGACCGAAUCGAUCGGCGCCUUGAAGACAGCCGCGGUGGUACCACCGCCCGCGGGUAGUGCCUUCAACUUCGCUGCCACUGCCGGCGGCGCGACUGCCGGCCACGCUCCGCCGCCGUUUCCCUACGACAAGGACGCCACCGCAGCCGCCGCGUUUGCCUUCCUGACGGACGAAUUCCGCAAUCCGGGCAGUUACUACAUGGCCCUACGACAGCAACAGCAACAACAGCAGCAGCAACCACAGCCAAUGGUACCGCCGACGGUGGUGAGCAGUGCUUCGGGCCAGCCGACCACCUGCAACAAACUCGGUAAUCAACCAUCACCGAGGAACUAUCCACCGCCACCACAUUCGUUCCUCCAUUCGGCCGCCGCGGCUGCCGCCGCCCAGAGAUCGUAUGUUCCGCCAGUCUCCGCCUACGUGACGCCGCACGGACCCAAUCUGACAGUGGACCAGGCCGCUUAUCAGCAAUAUAUUCAUUCGCUCUACGCCCUCCAGCCAUCCUCGCAUCAUCACCGAUCGUCCUGGCUUUAGCCACUAAAGCUGUUACAAGAUCAAUCCGUGAUUCGAUGAUAACAGAUUAAUCUUCUAAUGAAUCUUAAAACGUUUGAGAUCCGAAAGAAUGGUACCAAAUAUUAAUCGAAAGUCUCUUGGCGAGCGCGCGAGAGAGCAGUAUGCUCUUUUUUUUAUUUUUAUUUUUUUUAUUUUUAUUUACAAAGAUGUUCUCGCGACGUGUCUUUUUUUUCCUCCGUAAUUGAUCGUAUUGUAUCCGUAAGGCUCUCUACGGAAAUUAGGUAAAUGACCAUUUAUAGAUUUUUUUGACUGCAGCUUCCUUUUUACGACCGACUCGAGUAAAACUUUGACACUUUUACACCGUUCGUCGAAAGCAAGGAAGUCUAGCUUCAUGUACAUAAAGGACAAGUCUACUUUCGAUAUAGGAAUUUUUGAUAGUUUUCUAAAACAAGAUUAACUGGCAGGUUCAAUAGCUCUAAGUCGAGAUCGCUAGCACUAAGAGUAAGUCGAUCCGCACGUCUAUCAAAAGUUCCUUUGUUUGUAACGUCGGGCAAAAUGUAUCCGCGGGCAAAUGACGUACAACAGAAUAGAAUACAUUAUGUUUAUAUUAUAUAGACAUAUAGAGUCACUGUACCAGUCGUUGAACAGUUAUCAGUAAAUGAUUGUUUAAGAAGAAAAAUAUUAAAAUAGUAAGACUUCACAAUAAUUGCAAAUUAAUUUAUAUUUUUUUAGAUCUGAUUUUUAUUUUCAGAUUUUGUUAAAAUUUUUUAUUUGGGAAUGUAAUUAUAUGAAUUUAUUUUUAUUUUCCAUUGAGACUUCAGUGAUCCUAUAUGUAUGAACGUGUAUUCAUGCACGACGUAUCUUUGUUGUAUAUAUUGUUAUUUGCCAAUGCGUUUCGCCUGACGCUUACAUUUGCGCUAAUAAGUGCAUGCGCGAACAAAUUUUGCACGUGCUCCUGAUCGGUGUGUAUUUGCGUGCGUAUGCGUCGGGACACGAAAUUAUGCAAUAUUCAAUUUUCGCGUUAUCAAUUAGCCGAUGACUGGCUUCUCCCUCUCUCUCUCUGUAGCUCCGCCGUUCGAGUCCACGAUUCGCCGAGUAUUAUCUAAUAGCCCGUCGAGUUUUUCGUUGAUGAUCUUUUCGUUCGGUCCGAUAGCGAAUUAAUCAUCAAACUCGUAGAUGAAGAAGACUCCUACGAGGGAAACCGAAGAGGGGAUAUUCUUUGUGUAUAAUAAUUAUCGAGCGCACUCUGUUGCUGGUGUACGUUAUGUAGAUUACUUAGGAUCGUAAGAAAUAGCACGUAAGAAUGUUAGGCUUUUUUUGUAUAUAUAACGUAAAACACAUAUCUCGCGUAGAGGAUAAUGUGCUCGAUCUUGAAGGGAUCUCAACAUAACAAGAGAUCUGUGCAAAAACCUGGAAAAUAUACGAGAAUUGGUCGCAAUCCGAAUUAAGUCUCGCGAAGAGAUGUGACUUUUCUGGGUUUUCUUGUUGGAAUAGGCGCAUGUAAUAGCGUAAAGAGAGACGGCAGAAAUAUAUGUGUAUGAGCAUAUAUGCGGAAAAGAAAACAAAAGAUGAAAUAUACCGUAAUACGCCGCUAUCGUUAUACACCCAUUAACUCUUUAUCGUUGAGCAGUGAACAUCGUCGGAAGAGAAGAGAAGCGGUAUUGAAACUUAUAAAUAUAUACAUAUAUAUUAUAAAUGUAUAUUGUAAAUGUAUCUAUGACAAAUUAAAGCGCAGUUUGUUACAAAA